GUUUGGAUUUUACCGUAGUUAAAAAAUCAAUCGAAAAUGAACCACGUAGAACAUGCCCACAUUCCUCUCAACUUACCAGAAAAUAAGACAAUAGAUCUGUCAAAGUUGUCAGAGAAGGAAAGAUGGAAGAUAGAGCAUCAGAGGUUACAUGAGAAACAUCGUGGCCAUGAGGCGAUGCAUGCUGAGAUGGUUCUUAUUUUGAUUGCCACACUUGUUGUUGCUCAGAUAUUACUGGUACAAUGGAAACAGAGAUACUUCAGGUCAUACCAGAGAGCCACAUUAAUAGGAAUGUGGGUAAUUCCUGUAGGAUUCUGUGUCAAGUUUGGCUGGAUGAGGUUUAUAGUUGUCUGGGCAAUCUUCUCUAUUAUCACUGCCUUUAUUGUGUUCAAAUCCACACGGAAACCCCUGGAGGGAAGGACUCCUAGACUUGUAUAUAAAUGGUUUCUGCUCAUCUACAAGAUCAGUUACGGCUCAGGGAUUUUGGGAUACAUGGUGAUAAUGCUGACAAUGCUGGGUGUCAAUAUGUUGUUCCUGAUAAAACCACAGUACUCUAUGGAUUUUGGUUUAUUAGUCAUGUUUUAUGGCCUGUAUUUUGGUGUUGUGUCGAGAGAUUUUGCAGAAGUCUGCAGUGAUACAAUGGCAGCUCAUAUUGGGUAUUAUACAGCAACUGGUCUACCAGGGAAAAGAUUAGAUCCUAAUAUCUGUGCUGUGUGUGGAAAUCCAAUAUUAGUAAUGAACAAUGAAGAUGCAAUUAUAGAAAAUACAUGUAAAUUACAGUGUGACCAUGUAUUUCACGAGUUCUGUAUACGAGGCUGGUGCAUUGUGGGUAAGAAGCAGACGUGUCCUUACUGCAAAGAGAAAGUAGAUCUCAAGAGAAUGUUUCCUAGUCCAUGGGAUAGACCACAUGUAAUGUAUGGAAAUUUCCUGGACUGGAUUAGAUAUUUAGUUGCGUGGCAACCAGUAAUUAUAAUGUUAGUUCAGGGAAUUAAUUGGAGUUUAGGGCUAGAAUGAACAUAAUAUAUUAGAGCAUAGUAUUUAUUAAAUCCAAGAAAUUCAAAUAUGAACCCACUGACCAUGAUUAUGUGAUAUUCUGUAAUGAGGUGUGCACAAAAAAUGUGUAAUACAGUACAUGAAUGAGUUUGAAGCAUGACUAGCAGUGAUCAUAGCAAAACCAGGACUGCAAGGAAACAAAAAUGUGAUAAACUGAAUGAAAUCGGCUGCCAUAUUGUUGCGUCAAGCAUUUUGAUGCCAUUUCAGUCUUUUUAAGACAUACUAGUUAAGCUUUAGUUGAUCAAAUUAAGUGCAUGUAAUAAUGUCACAGAAGGUGGGCAAAAAGUGUUCAUUUGAUAGUGUCAACAGGCUGUGGAAAUGACAGGCUGUGAAAAUUUAAGACAGGAUGUGAAAAAAAUGCAAGACUGUGUAAAUGCGGCCAUCUGAAGUUGCAGCAAAAGUCUUAUUACUUUGCAAACAUAUGCAGCAGUAAUUGAAAUCAUUAAAUGAGCCGUGCCAUGGGAAAACCAACAUAGUGGGUUUGCGACCAGCAUGGAUCCAGACCAGCCUGCGCAUCCGCGCAGUCUGGUCAGGCUCCAUGCUGUUCGCUUUUAAAGCCUAUUGGAAUUGGAGAAACUGUUAGUGAACAGCAUGGAUCCUGACCAGACUGCGCGGAUGUGCAGGCUGGUCUGGACCCAUGCUGGUCGCAAACCCACUAUGUUGGUUUUCCCAUGGCACGGCUCAAAUGCAUAAAAGUGUAAGUGCCAACAUUUUAUGCUGAGGGCUAGGACUUCUUACAGUUUAAAUGGUAGAACAAACCAAAACAAGGGCUGUUGCUUUACAAGAUUGUUUAGAAUGAUAACUUGUUAUUUUUGACAGUUUGAAUGGUAGAACUAUGAAGAAAUACAAUGGCUUUUGCUUUGAAAGUUGGUUCGCAAUCUGUUAUAUUUAUUAAGUUUAUAAAUUCCCAGUUAGUAUUGGCUUCAUAUAUUGCUUGAGAAAUGCAGAUCUCUCAACAUUCAAAAUUGGUGUUUUGCAAGUUCACUUUUGAUUAACUUAAAGAGAAAUUCAGGUAAAUUUCCAAGAAAUAGACAGGAAUUUUGAAUAGAAUUGUACUCAAGUCAGUUGAAGGAAACAUUUUAUUGAAGUACAUCAGCUAUAGUAGUUACUAUAUGACUUUAUGCAUAGUUGCAAAAAGCAUGUGACAGAUCACCCAUUCAAGAAUUUGACCAUCAUAUUUUACUUUUGCUUUGGUGAAAAUGCGCAAGUUAAAAAUAGAAGAGUGGAAUAUGACAUUUUAAAGCAAUUACCAGAUAUUUUCCUUACCUGGUGUACAUGAACGCGAGUCGGCUUAUCAAAACGGUGAAAAAUGCAUACCAACUUCUUAAAAGUAAGAAAUUAUAUAUCUGUUUGGCAUGCCAGUGAGAUGUCAUCAAAGUAAGAAAUUAUCUGUUAUAAGUAUGUCAACAAUGUGUGAGAAAUAUCAUUUAUACAGUAACAAGCCACAUUUCAUCUGUAUAUCUCUUCAAGUUAAACAUUUUUGUCUAGUUUUUUGAAAGUACUGUUAAUAACAGUGUUAUACUGGCAGCUAUGAGCGUUUUGUAGUUCUUUGAUGUCUUUAGUGCUGCUUUAUCAUGUUUAUGUACAAUUGCUGAAAUACAUUUAUAUUUUUUCCCAGGGGAUUGACACUGUGGGGAAUCACAAUCAAAAUAAUCUCUAAACCAAAGUUAUAUUUUGAAGAACAUGAAUAAAUUUCCUACCAUGAUAAAAUAUGAAACAUUUAAACAUUGCCUAACAUAUGGGUAAUGAAAAUUGUUAAAUCAUUAUGUAGUUGACAAUAAUGAUAGAUAUCCAGUAAUUACAAACACUAAGGAAAAUAAGAAGUCUCACUUUCUUGAAGUGUUCCAGAUAAUCAGACUGACUAUGAUUGAAAUCUAUGUAGUUUUAGGAUACAUCUAUGUUGCCAUAUGAUAGGCUAUAGUUUAGAUUUACAGCAAAAGUUGCUUCAGUAUUAUCUCAUAUUAUUCAUAAAUUUAUUUUGGUUUUGAGAUUAUUUUGAUCAUAUGAUUGGCAUGAAAAGAAUGGGGACUCUGGUUUAUUUUCUCUCUUCUGGCUUUGAUUCAGUCUCUGUGAUCCAGUCCUUUUUGCGUUUUGUCAGUAGAAUCUAUAGACAGUUUGGAAGUGACCAUUAAGGUAAAGGGAAUAUGCAUGCCACAGUAUUUGAAGUACAGUUCAAUGACUUGAAACAUUUUUCAGCUUUUGGUGAGACUCAGUUCAUGGAUAUUUACUGUUUGUUUUACGAUGAACUCUGAAAAAUCCACCAUAUUAAAGCGACUUUUUCGUCCAUUUUAGGUGAAAAUUCUCUCAGAAAUCCAUAAUAUAUGGGUACUGUGAAAAUGAUCAGUUGUACAAAUUUAUUGUAAGAUUUUUGCAAGGUGUCUUAAGAAAUAACCACAAAUACUGUGCAGAAGUGAGUACACCAUUGCAAUGUUUUUUUUUUGCAAAUAUGGAGAAAAUUGGCAUUCUUCUUGCCUUUUACCAAUAUCUAACACUAAUUUUCACUCACUUCAUCCUUUUUCAGUGUUAUGCCAAACUUCAUGAAAAUGAACAUAUUAAAAAAUUUCAUAAUCACUGUAGGUGAACAUUUUUAACACUAAAACUUUUUUUCACAGCUUUUUUUCCAAAGUUAUGACUCUUUUAUGUUUUUAUAGGUCUGUGAAUGCAUUAUUGAUUAAAUAAAUAUAUAUAGUUUGUUUCAAAGUUGUCUUUUGGGCAGAGGUUGCAACAUAUUAAUUGAAAAUCAAAAAUACAAAAAUGGGGUCAGAAAGGUUAUGCAGGCCUCAUAUGUUUAUAUUUAUAUUUUACAGGGUAUUGUUAUACACAAUCAUGACAUAAAGAAACUUAUGUAUUCAAGACUUAAGUACACCCUUCAUUUUUCUAAAACAGUUUUAUCAGUGGAAUGCAUGCAAAGUGCCCAACUAUACAGCUUGGCAGAUUUACACUCCAGGAAAAUAGUUGUGGCCAUGAUUUAAUCUCAGAGACAUGAAUGGGUAUUUAUAUGUAUACAUAUGUAUUGUAUCAUUGACUCUACAAAAUAAAUGGUGGGCUUCAGAAUUGUUCAUACAUGUAGUUGUCAAAGCUUGAUGUUCUAAAGUAGAUUUUGCAAUUUACCUCCAAACAUAAAGAAAGCAUAACUAACUACUGCAGUAUGGUUUCUGUAGACUGAACCUUUGUCUUAAAGUAUUUUAUUUACAUGCAGCGGUAUAAAUAAAGCCAAUUCUUAAACCCUUGUCCAAAAGGUCAUUUUGAAAUUGAACUAGUUUUUGGCAAAGGACAUACAAAUGUAGCUGUCUUCUGCUAUCGCUUUGUUAAUUCAUGAAAAUUGUGAUUGUAGUCUGUGUGUUUUAGAUUUGUUUUAUCUUCUUUGUUGCAUGAACUAAUUCUUGCUAAUUCUUUAUUGCUUAAAAUAAUUCUUUUUUGAACAAAUGAACAUGUUACAGGCACUGUAUUUAAUGUAAAAAUUCAGUGUGUGUUUUAGAUAUUUGGCAAGAAAAACACAAUAAAAAUAUAUAUAUUUUGCA